CUGCUCCAUCACCAGACGAUGCACCCCGGCAACUUCUGUCAGCGGCGGACCCGCAGCACAGAUGGGACACCCUGAACAACAACAACGGUUAGCUUCAUAGAAAGGUAAUGGAUCCAGUGUGACUGUUACAACACUAUCCUGACCAGCUGGCCUGUCUAACUCUACUGUAGCUAUGGCAACUUGUCCAAGAGGCUGCGCACCAGCGGUGCGCCUUUGUCAGAGACUGAACCGACUUAAGACACUGGAUGAUGACAUGAUGGCCACGUCGCUGAAACGCUGCCUCUCCACCCUGGACCUGACGCUGUUGGGUGUAGGGGGCAUGGUGGGUUCUGGGCUUUAUGUCCUGACAGGCACAGUGGCUAAAGACAUGGUUGGGCCUGCUGUCAUCAUAUCCUUCAUUUUUGCAGGUAUUGCUUCUUUACUGGCUGCCUUUUGUUAUGCAGAGUUUGGAGCACGCAUUCCCAAAACAGGAUCUGCCUACAUGUUUACCUACGUCUCUGUGGGAGAGGUCUGGGCUUUUCUAAUUGGUUGGAAUGUGAUUCUGGAGAACAUGAUUGGUGGCGCUGCUGUGGCACGUGCAUGGAGUGGCUAUCUGGACUCCAUUUUUAACCACGCCAUCCAAAACUUCACAGAAACACACAUUAUGCAGUGGAACGUGCCCUUUCUUGCCCAUUACCCUGACCUACUUGCAGCAGGGAUCCUAGUAGUUGCCUCGUUCUUCAUUUCCUUCGGCGUUCAAGUGUCCUCGUACCUCAACCACAUCUUCUCCACCAUUAGUAUGGUUGUCAUCAUUUUCAUCCUAGUCUUUGGCUUUGUCUUGGCUGAACCAGCAAAUUGGAGCCAGAAAGAAGGAGGUUUUGCACCUUUUGGAUUGUCUGGAAUACUGGAAGGCUCGGCCACGUGCUUCUACGCAUUUGUUGGCUUUGAUGUAAUCGCAUCCUCAAGUGAGGAGGCAAAGAACCCACAGAAAGCUGUUCCCAUUGCCACGGCGAUCUCCCUCGGACUGGCAGCAACAGCUUACAUCCUGGUCUCCACAGUGCUCACACUAAUGGUACCUUGGCAUACACUGGACCCCAACUCAGCUCUGGCAGAUGCUUUUUUCCGCCGUGGUUACAGUUGGGCUGGAGUUAUUGUGGCAAUAGGUUCCAUCUGUGCCAUGAAUACCGUGCUGCUCUGUAAUCUCUUCUCCCUCCCUCGGAUCGUGUACGCCAUGGCGGAGGAUGGGUUGUUCUUCUCCAUUUUUGCGCGAGUCAAUCCUCUCACCAAAGUCCCCGUCAAUGCUAUUCUGGUGUUUGGAAUCCUCAUGGCCACCUUGGCUCUCAUCUUUGACCUGGAGGCCUUGGUUCAGUUCUUAUCCAUCGGCACCCUGCUGGCGUACACCUUUGUGGCAGCUAGCGUUAUUGUGCUUCGCUUCCAGCCUGACAAAGCCACCUCCAAGGGAACGGCUUCAACAUCUCCCAACCCUAAUGCUGAGCCUUCACCUGCCCCCUCAGAGACUCAGACCAUAACUGAGGACAGCGGAGAGCUGAAGCAGUAUGAGUCCUUCUCUGACAAACUCCAGCUGGUGGAGAGGCAGACAAGAGAGCGCCGAGGCGUGGGGCAGCUGAGGGCCUACUGGGAACCAUACCUGGGCAAGCUGCUGGGGGACUGUGAGCCGGGCGAGGUGGUGGCCAUCUGCGUGCUGACACUGAUAGUGAGCUCAGUAUCCCUCUGUGCUGUGCUGGAGUUUGGAAACAACCAGCUGCAUCUGCCGCUCUGGAGCUUCACAAUGCUUCUAGUGAUUUUUAGCUUAGCUUACGUUCUCAGCAUGGCACUCAUAUGGGCUCAUGAGCCGCAAACCGACAGCAAAACAUUCCAGGUACCUCUGGUUCCAUUGACUCCAGGUGCCAGUAUCCUCAUUAAUGUGUUCCUCAUGAUGAAGCUCAGCUAUCUCACCUGGAUUCGAUUCACUGUUUGGAUUGCCAUAGGUCUCUUUGUGUAUUUUGGCUAUGGCAUCUGGCACAGUAAGGAGGGCAUGCGGGAGCUGCAGCCCAAAGACAUGGCCGCCCGGUAUGUGGUGCUACCCAGCGGCAGCCUGGUAGAGACAGUGCAGUCUGUCCAGCCCGAUGGACAAGUGGACACCUCGGCGCAUCACAUCAACCCACCCACUGCCCCGACAGCUGAGGAGUAUCCGGGAAAGAGAUGAUCGUGUGACUGGCCUGCCACAGUCUGUACUUGUUGCUCUGCAAAUGUAAGCACACCACAGGAUGGGAUGCACGCUCUCUGUCUCGUUGUGAAGCAUAUUUGUAUAUCUUGUAAUACUCCAAUGUACAGUAGAGAGCUUUUAUUACUGUCCUGUAACUCCUAGCAUCAAAGUUAUGUUACAUCCUUUAAAACCAGCUCUUUUCUUGCAACCUUGCCAGUUUGUCAAAACCCAUGUGGUUGUAGGUUAUAUAUGGUGCUUUCUUUGUGACAACUCUUAGUUAGGUACACUCAGUGGAUGAUUUUUUGAAUUUUAACAUGGAUCUGAACUUGGAAAAUCAACAUUCACCAAAAAUGUUAUUCUGUUGUUAACAAGGUAGAGGACAUUCCACUGGAUUUUUGAAGAUAUCAUCUUGAGUAUAGUAAAUAGUCAUGUGUUGCACGUUUUUUAAUUAAGCAGAGGAAUGCACAGACUUUUGUGGGUUUAUGUUUUUGCCCCUUUCUCAAACUCCCGCCCAAAACCUCAGGAGAAACUCUGGCUCUAAUAAUGUGGAUCCUCUUAGUCCAUCUCAUCCCUUCGGUACUUAGAGACUGCCCUGCCUGUAGUGACUUCUGACAAAUUAUCUGAUCCAGUAUGCUAAACUAUGUAUUUAUUUUUCUAUUAUUAUUCCAAUUUUUGCUUUUAUACAAAUGUCAUUAGCUUCAUUUUUUGUGAGUUUCUUGUUCCUGCCGCUGUCCGUUUUUGUGUCAUUGUCAUAUGAGUAGGCACUAUGUUUUGCAUGUACUUCUAUUAGUCUUCUUAGGUCAUUUGUGCUAAUUGACAGGACAACACUUCAGUGGUUCACUUAAUCUCCUAAAUCUCAUCCCAUGACCCUGUUCUCUUUCAUGUCACUAAUUUUGCAGUUUUUUUUCUCACGCACCUUUUAACAGCAGCCCUUUCCCCUCUCUCCCUGUUAGCACAAGAUUAGAUGUGAAAGCACAUUAUUGAGCUCUUAUAUUAUUAUCAUGUGACAUUGAUCAUUUGAUUACUCAAUAUGUAUGGCAAGCACAAACCUAUCAAAAGUGGGCAUCUUUGCAGGAUAGAAUAUGGGCAGACAUCGGUCGUUAUGUUAAACCAGGGAUGUGCUUCAUCUCUCUGAGGCCUCCGUAAUCCCAGCAGAUUUGUGGCGGGCCCUGUCGCCAGUCUGCGGCUUGACCUAGAUUAAAGAAAGGCACACAUGUGAGAACACACUCAUAUUAUACAGAUAACAUUCCCACAGCCUCUCACACGCUAACAUAGAUGUCAAUAAACACAAGGCUUUAAUCUCUAUUACAAAAAAACUAGAAAAAAAAGACUUGCUUUAUAUGUUUUUGUUGAUUUCAGUUUAUGUUUGCAUGUGUUACAUAUGAAACCGAUGGCCUUAAAUGUGUGUUAUUCAAUGCAGACUGAUUUCCAAAGUUAAAGUAGUCUGUCUGGAUGGUUUUUUUGUUUGUUUUUCUGAUAGUAUUUCUGAUUUUAUUUCACUGUUAGAAAAACUCUUAUACAGCACUUCAUGAUUACUAGUUAAUAAACCAAAAUACAAACUUGGAAGAGAAUGUACCAUAAUAAGGCGUCAGGUUCAAGAGAACUUUGUACAACUUUGCACACUCUUUGAAAAUGAUUGUCGGGUAGUUUUGUGUCACAGUUAUGCUUUUGAUGUCAGGGCCAGUGACAGAUAUUAUUACUAUGGUACUUUUUUAAGCUGAACAUUCACUGUCUCUUUGUGCCGGGAAGCACAGUCAUAAAUUAUCCAGUUCUUUUCUUACUUCUGCAUAGUAUUGUACUCUGUACUUGCACAUUACAGUCUCAAUCUUUCUGUUAUCGUGUAUGUCUGUAUAACUUGCAAAAUACUGUGUUAUCAGUGAAAAAUAAAUGUUUUGAAGCAGCAUUUACAAAAACUGAAAUUGUGGAAUAAC